UCGCAGGACGCUCCGGCGCGCGCCCGGCCGAGCCCAGCCCUCAUCAUGAAGCCGCCCGCCGCGCAGGGCAGCUCCGCGGCCGCCGCGGCCGCAGCCCCGGCCUUGGACUCGGCGGCCGCCGAGGACCUGUCGGACGCGCUGUGCGAGUUUGACGCGGUGCUGGCGGACUUCGCGUCGCCCUUCCACGAGCGCCACUUCCACUACGAGGAGCACCUGGAGCGCAUGAAGCGGCGCAGCAGCGCCAGCGUCAGCGACAGCAGCGGCUUCAGCGACUCCGAGAGUGCAGAUUCACUUUAUAGGAACAGCUUCAGCUUCAGUGAUGAAAAACUGAAUUCUCCAGCAGACUCUACCCCAGCUCUGCUCACUCCCACCGUGACUCCUCGGAAAGCCAAAUUAGGAGACACAAAAGAGCUAGAAGACUUCAUUGCUGAUCUUGACAGAACAUUAGCAAGUAUGUGAAAUGAGGAGUUUUGGGUGAAGCUUCAGAAAGCUCCAAGGACCUGGUAAAAUCAGCUACUAGAAUUUGCUGCCAGAGGGGACAGAGAUGUGCACUCACCUUCCACCAGGCCAUUCUCAGGCUCACCUUACGACCAUCAGCCCUUGAGCCCAUCUCUGGGCAAUUUAAACAGUGAAACUGACUUUGUUUACCUGCUUGCAGCACGUUAGAACAGAUGAUCCAUGCUAAUGUUGUAUUUUCUCUUAAAACAUAGCUUUCCUGUAAUUUAAAGUGCUUCUAUGAAAAUAUUUGUAAUUAAUUAUAUAUAGUUGGAAAUAGUCAUAUGCUUUUCCCAUUAUAAUAUAUUUUUGUAUACAAAUAAAAUUUGAACUG